UGUGUGUCAGCAGUCUGGACCAGAUUCGCUCCAAAAAAACGAGAGAGAAAACACACUGAUUUGCUUUUUUUCUUUUUUCGAGUCACCUGCCAGCAUCUACAAACUCCAGUCUCCCUGCCUCUUCGCUCUUUUCCCUCCCUCCCUCCUUCCCUGCAUUUUUCCCAGGCUGAGGCGUCCAUGGACCCUCUGGCUCUGCUGCUUUCGUCAGUGACUUGGAGCGCUCCGAGAACUUUGUGAACUCUUUUUUGUGAAGGGAUAGGAAGGAGAACAGUGGAUGGGACGCAGCCUGGCAGGAGCCUCCUCUGGAGACGGCAUCAGGAUUCUCAGCCGGACUUAAAAAAACGCCCCCGGGGGGUCAUGACAAGUCAGCGCCUCAGCCUCUUCUUCGCCCCCCUGGUUCUGCUGGGACUCCUCGUGGGGCUGGCAGACCUGGGCCAGGCUUCCACCGGUGAGGAUGAGGAUUAUUACAUGCAGGAGCUGCUGACCAGAGAACAGUACAACCAGGUCCAGAGCCUGGAGAAACCUGUGGCCUCCAUACCUGAGCGCCAGGAUCACAACCCUGUCAAGAAGGUACCCAAGGGAAAGGAAAAAACAGAAAAAACCAACGCAGAUGCAAAAGCAGCCAACAAAAAGCCGGAGAAGCCCAAGAAGAGUGCUCUGAAAGGCCCGAACAGCAGCUCCGACGGAGAGAAACAGUACAAGUCGAUGAAAGAGGAAUGCCCUCCGAUGGGACUGGAGACCCUGAAGAUUGAUGACUUCCAGCUUCACGCUUCCACGAUUAGACGCUACGGCCUCGGUGCACACAGAGGUCGCCUUAACAUUCAGGCUGGCCUUUAUGAAGAUGACCUCUACGACGGGGCCUGGUGUGCAGGGAGAGAUGACCCUCUGCAGUGGUUCGAGGUGGACGCCAGGAGGCUCACCAAGUUCACGGGGGUCAUCACACAGGGCAGGAGCUCCCUCUGGUCGAGCGACUGGGUGACCUCGUACAAGGUGAUGGUGAGCAACGACAGCCAUACGUGGAUUACUCUGAAGAACGGGUCCAAGGACUUGAUCUUCAGCGGCAACAGGGAAAAGGAGAUCCCAGUGCGGAACAUUUUCCCAGUGCCCGUGGUCGCCCGUUACAUCCGAGUCAACCCUCGCUCGUGGUACAACAGCGGCAGCAUCUGCAUGAGGGUGGAGGUCCUUGGCUGUCCUAUGCCAGAUCCAAACAACUAUUAUCACAGACGAAAUGAAGUCAUAACAACAGAUGACUUGGACUUCCGACACCACAGCUACAAAGAGAUGAGGCAGCUUAUGAAGGUGGUUAAUGAAAUGUGCCCCAACAUCACCCGGAUCUAUAACAUAGGAAAGAGUCAUAAUGGCCUGAAGCUGUACGCCAUUGAGAUUUCCGACAACCCAGGAGAGCAUGAAGUUGGUGAGCCCGAGUUUCGUUACACGGCGGGUUCCCAUGGUAACGAGGUGCUGGGACGGGAGCUGCUCCUCCUCCUGAUGCAGUUCAUCUGUCUAGAGUAUCUGUCUGGCAACCAACGGAUCCGUCACCUGGUGGAGGAGACCAGAAUCCAUCUAUUGCCAUCUGUCAACCCUGAUGGGUACGAGAAAGCCUUUGAAGUGGGUUCAGAGCUCAGCGGCUGGUCUCUGGGACGGUGGAGCAACGAUGGCAUCGACAUCCACCACAACUUCCCCGAUCUCAACUCCGUACUGUGGGAAGCCGAGGCCAAGAAGUGGAUUCCUCGCAAAAUGUUCAACCACCACGUGGCCAUUCCAGAAUGGUACCAGUCCAGAAACGCCUCGGUUGCCGUGGAGACGCGGGCUUUGAUAGUCUGGAUGGAGAAGAUGCCCUUCGUGCUCGGCGGUAACCUCCAGGGCGGGGAACUGGUGGUGACCUUCCCGUAUGACAAAACCCGCUCCCUUGGGGUGACCAGAGAGCAGACCCCCACCCCGGAUGACCACGUCUUCCGCUGGCUGGCCUUCUCCUACGCCUCCACCCACCGCCUGAUGACUGAUGCCAACCGACGGGUCUGCCACAGAGAAGACUUCGCCAAGGAGGACGGCACCAUCAACGGGGCAUCCUGGCAUACUGCGCCUGGCAGUAUGAAUGAUUUCAGCUAUUUGCACACCAACUGCUUUGAGUUGUCGAUGUAUGUGGGUUGUGACAAAUUCCCUCAUGAGAGCGAACUGCCUGAAGAGUGGGAGAAUAAUCGCGAGUCGCUUCUUGUCUUCAUGGAGCAGGUGCAUCGAGGAAUCAAAGGUGUAGUCAGAGACAUGCAAGGUCGAGGAAUACCGAAUGCCAUCAUCUCUGUGGAAGGAAUCAGCCACGAUAUUCGUACAGCUGCUGAUGGAGACUACUGGCGUUUGCUGAACCCCGGAGAGUACAGAGUGUCAGCCCGGGCCGAGGGCUACAGCCUCACCAGUAAGAAGUGUGAAGUGGGCUACGAAAUGGGCGCCACCAGGUGCGACUUCACCAUCAGCCGCACCAACCUGUCCCGCAUCAAAGAAAUAAUGGAACGAUUCAACAAGCAGCCCAUCCGACUGCCCGUCCGGCAGCUCCAGGCUCGCAGGUCCAGAGAACGACGUCUGGGAACAUAAUGAGUGGACGAGGACCAAUUAAAGACGAACAUCUGCUCUGAACUUCUAGUCUGGACUUGGAUCUCUGUAGGAAUUUCUGGUCGGAGACAGAAAAUGUUGAUUAAUUUAAACGGGACACUUGGUUGGGUCUUUUGUUUUGUUGUGUCUUGUCCCCAGGCAUAAGCUCUUUCUGUCUUUGUUGAAUGUCAUCUCAACUUCCAUCAAUAUCCACUGUAGUAUUUUAUUCUGUCCAAACAGAGGUUUGUUUAUGACCCAUCCCAUACAAUUUAUAUACAAGAUAAAGACAUUUACCGUCAGUCUGCUUCAUGGUUCCGUUAAGUUACAGAAACUAUUAUAUUUAGAAGCUAUUUUUUUAUAAAUAAAAAGAAAAUUCAAGUGCAAAAUACAGAUAGGGAAUCUAAUUUUAGGGACUUUUAAGGAACAAUGUCAUUAUGUACAUACAGGUAACUUAAGUAACGCAUUUACGUAAACCAUUAAAAAGCUCUCAUUACUGCACUUGUACAAUUUUUUUAUUCUAAAGAAUGUUGCUUAUAGAAAUUGUGGAUUUUUUUUUAUACCAAAUGAUGCUUCUUUGCAAAUUAUUAAAUAAAACAUA